GUGCCACAUUCAUUUAUUGGCUCUUUAACCUUUUUUUUUAGCUCCACCCUUGUUCUUGGCAACACCCUAAAUCCAGCAAGAGACAUCUGUGCAUGUCUGUGGGUGUGUGCUGUCUCUGGGAAGUGUUUUGUUUGAAAUCAUCGCUGGGAAGGUUGUCGUGAGUUUCGCCAAUACGUUCGUUCAGCUAUGCAGACCUUAGAACCUAUGCCAAGAGCAGGCGGAGUGGCAGCAUCCAGUUCGGAUAAUGACGGUGAAGUUGACUUAAGUGAAUGGGCUGAACAUCAACUGACAAAUCCCGUCACCACUGUGUUAACUCCUGCCAUUUACACCCUGGUGUUUAUCGUCGGGUUCCCAGCCAAUGCUCUGGCCAUUUGGUUUAUGGCCGGCAACAUCAAGAAGCCUUCCACCAUUUGCCAGAUCAACCUGGCCGUUGCCGACCUCCUCCUGAUCCUGGCGCUGCCGUUCAAGAUCCACUACCACUUCCAGGGCAACAACUGGGUCUUCGGCGAAGCUCUGUGUCGGACGGCGACCGGCUUCUUCUACGGCAACAUGUACUGCUCCAUCCUCCUCCUCACCUUCAUCAGCGUCGACCGCUACUGUGCCCUGGUCCACCCGUUCUACUCCAGGCGGUUCAGGGGUAAUAGGUUUGCUGUAUCAGCCUGUGCUGUCAUUUGGGUCAUGGUUGGGCUCUUUGUUCUGCCAUUAUUCCUUGUGAAACAGUCCUUUAAGAUCAGCCUCACUAACAUCACCUCCUGCCACGACGUCUACCUGGAAAAUAUGCAGAAUGUUUAUUUCUAUUACUGGCAGGCCGUGGUGAUAAUAGGAUUCAUCAUUCCAGCCCUCAUCACUGUCGUCUGUUAUAGUUUUGUGAUCAGAAUGUUACUGCUUAACAAGAGAGAGUACAAAAAGGCCAAGGUCGUCACUGUUUUAACUCUGCUGAUAUACCUCGUGUGCUUUGGUCCCAGCAAUGUAAUAUUUUUCCUGCACCAAUGGAUCCCUGAUCUCUACAUCCAUUACAUGAUAACCAUGCCCAUCAGUAGCUUCAAUAGCUGCAUCGACCCCUUCAUCUACUACUUCAUUUCUGAUGAAUUGAGGAACAAAGUAAAGACGAUGUUCGGGAUCCAGAAAGUUGUCACUAGAUUUCGUAAUUCGCAGACAACCAGCACUUUUUGGCUGACUCAGAUGACAUCUACCAAAGGAUCUCCCGCGAAUAGUGUCUGAGUGAUCUGGGGUCGGGUGGCUUCGAAGAUGAGGCCUCUCUCGCGGCAAUGUAAAAGUCCGCAGCUCACCAUCUGACAUGCUGUACCAACCAAAUGACGGGCGGCACGGUGGAGCGCCCGUCAUUUGGUUGGCGCAGCUGCACCCGUGGCUUGUGGUCACGCGUGCAGUGCCAGGGACCCGGGUUCGAUCCUGACCACGGGUGCUUGUCUGUACGGAGUUUGUACGUUCUGCCCGUGAUCCCGCGUGGGUCUUCCCCGAGGUCUUCGGGUCCCCUCCCACACUCCAAAGACGUGCAGUUUUGUAGGUUAAUUGGCUUUGCGUAAGCGUAAAUAGUCCCUAGUGUAUGUAGGAUACUACUAGUGUGCGGGGGUCGCUGGUCGGCACCGACUCGGUGGGCCGAAGGGCCUGUUUCCGUGCUGUGUCUCUAAACUAAACUGAAGCAAAACAUUUGCUCUGUUUGGCCCAUUUCAACACUACAAAUGUCACAAAAAUGUUGUAUCCGACCAUCAGUCUGAAGAAGGGUCUCGACCCCGAAACGUCACCUAUUCCUUCGCUCCAUGGAUGCUGCCUCACCCGCUGAGUUUCCCCAGCAUUUUUGUCUACCUUCGAUUUUUCCAGCAUCUGCAGUUCCUUCUUAAACAUAUCUGACCUGAAAUGUCGUUUGUUCAUUUCCUCAACAGAUGUUGCCUGAUCCUCUCAGUUCCUCCACCACUUCGAGUUUGCCCAAUGUUCCAACUUCCGCAGUCAGUUAUGUCAUCAUAAAAUUCAAUUCAGGAGCAUCGGCACAAACAUUGAACGUUUUGUUUAGAUGUAUGGGACUAAUUUGCUUUUACCAAUAUUUACUCUAAAAUGACUCGAAAAAUGUAAUUAUUGUGGUCUUGUCAAACAUAAGGUUUAGCACUCCACGCCACAAAUCCCAGUUGUGGAGGCACUGGUAUCGUUGUCUGGCUGUAGGACAUUGAUCAU